AUGAGAAUGCUUGGGGUCGAAUCGAAAAGUAAGGGAAAGGAGAUGGGACAUGUGAAUGGUCAAAGGAUUAGAGAUUUGGGGACCAAAGAUGUCGUGUUUGACCAUAGCUUCUACUUAUAUUAA